AACGGCUCAACAGGCGGCGGCGGGCCUGGCGCUGGGGUAGCUUCGGCGCGCCUGGCUGGGCCCGGCGGCCCGGUUGGGGACGGGAAGGUGUUCUCGCGGACUCGGCCACCCAGCUGCCUGUGUCGCCGGAGGACCGCAGGGAUCGGGCCUCGAGGUAGCUGACGGGGUUCGGAAGGCGCUCCUCAGGCGCGCGUAACCCGAGGCCAUGGUGACCGACUUCGACGAGAAGCACGACGAGCACUUGGUGCUGCUGCAGCAGAGAAACAGGAUCCUGAAGGCCCUGGAGAGGAGGGACCCUCUGCAGCUCCGGCUGAAGCAGCUGGAGCAGGGCUUCACUUUGUACGUGAACGGUGCCAACUCGGAGGCGAGCCGCGGCCGCAAAGUCAGCCCUCCGGCCCUUCUCGGGAGCGGCGGCGCGCGAACCCCCAGAGCGAACCCUGUGAGUACCAAAGACCUGUUAAAACAAGAAGAACAGCGAGAGAGGAGCACCCAAAGUGCACCUAGUAAAAUCCAACGUCGGGAAUGGCACCAGAAAGCCGUGCAGAUCAAGACAGAAACUGGAUCUAGGCUUUGCAUUGCUCCCCCUUGUGAGUAUUCCGAGGAUUUUGAAUCUGAGGAAAGUUUAGAUCUGCAGACAACUGACUGUGAAGAGAAUGGUACUUUCCAGGAACUCCGGCAAAGCUUGGAGUUUGGCAAGAGCCAAAACGAGGUGAAAGGGGAAUGUUCCGAGGAUUCUGACUCCAUUGAGGAGGAGGUUCCCACUGAAGUCCCUGAGGAGAAAGAACCCACUGAAUGUCUGGGAGGGGCCGCUGAGCCGCUCCUUGCCAAAGCAGUGCUCUCCCCUCUGCCUGGCGCAGGCUCUGCUCCGGCCGCUGAGCCUCUUGUGUUGGAGUUCAAGCCAACCUGCCCAGGUGUUAAGAAGGAGCAAAGUCUCUCUGCAAAAAGGAAGGGCACUGCUGAAACCUACCUGCCCAUCAAGCCCAUGAGUCCGGCAGCUGCAGGUCGUUGGUACCUGGAAGAACAGGAAGGAAACGCCUCCAGACCAAUAAGCCGAUCAGAAAGACCACUCUCAGCUGUUCGCAAAAAUGUGUGCGAGAAGAAGGAUCCAGCACACGCUGCUUCCGUUGUCCUAAAAGCUAUGCAAGCAGAAAAUGAGACGCUACAAAAGGAGGUGCUCUGUCGGCAACUGGAGGUUUCUGCAGAGUCACUGCUGGCUUCCGGUUCUGCAACAGUGGGCCUUCCUCCAAAACAGCAGGAGGAUGGAGUUGUCUCUACAGCUCUGGAACAGAUUGGACUUCUGGAAAACAGGCAGCAAAAGAAACUUCUCAAAGCUCUCCAAAAGACCGAGACUUUGUCCGUCUGCCGUGGCCCUUCAGCUUUGGGCUUUGGACAGCUACAGCUUCCUGUUCUGGGCCAUGUGGGAUUGGAAACGGAGGUCCGGGAUGCCAUCUAUAUUACUGUAGAGAUCCUCUCCAACUGGGGAGACGUGUCCCGUGUGGGUCUGACAGAAGUGGAGUUCUUUGAUUUGAAUUUUGAGAGAGUAUUUGUGUCUCCUCACGAUGUGGACAUCCGACAUGCGGAUCCACCUGGAGAGCUGAGCUGCUUAGUUAACCGAAGCACAAAUGUUCCCAGAGAGCUUCUCCCCUGGUCAUGCCUCUUCCAGCCUCCGGUGCAGCUGUACUUCAUUGUCCGAAACCCCAGCCUCUCAGGAGACUUUGGCCUAUCCAGAAUCAGGAUCUGGAAUUACAGCUCGACCGUUCGUGGUGACCUGAAUAUUGGAGCCAGAAAUAUUAUUGUAUAUGUUGAUGGGUGUCUAAUCUUUGCUGGGGAGCUGCAGAAGGGCUGCUUGGCUCAUGAUCCUGAUGGCAAUGGCUACACCUCCAUUGAUCUCCCAACGGACCUUCCCCUUCCUCCAAAGGGAAAGAUAGACAAGAAUUGGGCUUCUGCAGAUCCAAGAGAGGAGCUUGACAAGCUGCUGCCGUUCAAUUGGGAGCUUUCCAUAAAAGAAAACUGCCCUGAGGAAAAAGAGGGAACUGGUGAUUCUGAUCUCCAACCCAACCCAAAGAUCAGCAGCCUCAUCUCAUGGGAGACUGCAAGGUGCGUCUCCCCUGAGGAUGACAGUUCCCUGAGGGAGAAAACGGAAGAAUAUUCUCCAUCAGCCACUUUUACUUCUCCUGAGGCAAAGGGGGAGAUGCAGCUUAGCUGUGGGAAGCAAAAACUGCCUCCUUUGGGAUUACAAGUCCAGCUGCCUUCAGAGAGCAUCAAGAGAGGCUGUCUAGGAACACCUGAUGGGAGUCCCCAUCUCUCUCCAACUGUGGAACAGCAAACCAGCAGUGAGGCCCCAGAGGCAGGCAAGAGACCGUCAGACGAGAACCAGGAGUCCAUUCCUGACCUGGAUUUCUUGAAACCACUUCUUUAUAAACACAGUGGUCCAACUGAGUUACUUCGCCCUGAUCAAGAUCUGAAAGACAGAGAGCAGGAAGAAUUCAGCCACCCCUUCUACACAGAGAAAGCUUCCCUUGACAAAGAGGAGCUCUUCCCAGCCAAAGGCAGCACAAGGCCCUCAAGAGCCAAGUGGGGCACUUCUCAGGAGUACCUGCUGCAGGAAUCUUGGAAUUCAUUAUUGAAAUUCAAUCGUUUGCAUCGUGGUCGAAUCUCUAACAUGGAUUUCCAAGGUGACAUUUUUGAUGAGUUUCUCCAGCAGCAGAAAAUUAGCCGGCAAGAAGAUCAGAAGCUCAGCACAAAGGACCAGGCACGGGGGCUGCCAGUGCAGAAGGCGGCCAACAGCUACUUAGACCUAGAAGAUGAGAGCGAAUUUAAAAUCCCCAUCUUACCUCAUGGUCAGCACUUAAAAAUUGAUAUCAGGUCAACCUGGGGAGACAGACACUAUGUUGGUCUGAAUGGACUUGAGCUGUUUAGCUCAAAAGGUGAGCCCAUCCAGAUUGUAAAAAUCACUGCCAACCCACCUGAUAUCAACGUCUUGCCUGCGUAUGGCAAAGACCCCCGGAUAGUAACUAAUCUGCUGGAUGGAGUGAACCGGACACAGGAUGACAUGCACCUCUGGCUGGCUCCCUUCACUCCAGGAAAAUCACACUGUGUUUGCCUGGACUUUGCAAAGCCAUGUGAGGUAGCCAUGAUUCGCAUCUGGAAUUACAACAAGUCCCGCAUCCAUUCCUUUCGGGGGGUGAAGGACCUCUCCAUUCUCCUGGAUGGAUGCUGCAUUUUCCAAGGAGAAAUUGCCAAGGCUUCAGGGACACUUGCUGGAGGUCCAGAACAAUUUGGAGACACCAUCCUGUUCACAACUGAUGAGGACAUUCUCGAGGCCAUUUACUGUUACGAUGAGUCCUGCGAGGACGAAAUUGAAAGCAGGUGCAGCUUCAGCUAUGAGGAGGAGCUGAAGAGGCCAAGAACAGCUGAUGGAGAAGGGGACGAGAGGCCCUUCACUCAGGCGGGUUCCAGGACAGAAGACAAGCUGAGUGAGGAGAGAAUUGCAGGGUCAGAUUCCCUCUCCGAGGUCAUGACAAGCAGAGAACCUGGAGUCUACUCUGGAAAAUGCCUGCUGCUGAAUUUCACCGCUUCUUGGGGAGAUUCACAUUACCUUGGACUGACAGGGCUUGAAGUGAUCGGAAAGGAUGGCCAAGCAAUCCCAUUCUCUGUGGAUCAGCUUUCUGCUUCUCCUCAGGAUCUCAAUGAUCUUGUGGAGUAUGUGGACGAUUCAAGGACCUUAGAUAAAUUGAUUGAUGGAAAAAACAUCACUAUGGAAGAUAACCACAUGUGGCUCAUUCCCUUUUGCCCGGGAGAAGAUCACCUGGUAACCAUCCAUUUUACCCAAGUAGAAAAUAUUGCGGGGCUUCGCAUCUGGAACUACAACAAAUCUCCUGAGGACACCUAUCGAGGGGCAAAGAUGGUCCAGGUGUGGUUGGAUGGCUGCUGCAUUUCCCCUCCGGGGGGCUUUCUUAUUCGCAAAGGACCAGGCAACUGUCACUUUGACUUUGCUCAAGAGAUCCUCUUCAUCAACUACCUUGUGGGUCCCACAGUUGCUCCGGCAUGUGAGGGGAGUGAAGUGAAGAAGAGGGAGCAAAGCAGUAUGGAGUACGAAGCACCACUGAUGCCCUGUGGAUUCAUUUUCCAGUUCCAGCUACUCACGAGUUGGGGUGAUCCAUAUUACAUUGGUUUAAAUGGGCUGGAGCUGUAUAAUGAACACGGAGAGAAGAUUCCUUUAAAUCAGAACAACAUUGCAGCUUUUCCCGACAGCGUCAAUGUCCUGGACGGAGUCUGUGGAGAUAUUCGAACACCAGACAAGCUCAUUGACGGUGUGAAUCACAGCAAUGACGGAAGGCACAUGUGGCUUGCACCAAUUCUGCCAGGGCUGGUGAAUCGAGUUUACAUUAUCUUUGACUUGCCAACUACCAUUUCCAUGAUCAAGCUAUGGAAUUAUGCAAAAACUCCACAGCGAGGAGUCAAGGAAUUUGGACUCCUUGUGGAUGAUUUACUGGUAUACAACGGCAUUCUCGACCUGGUGAGCCACCUGGUCCCUGGCAUUCUUCCUACCUGUGAGCCUGUCGUUCCCCAUCACACCUUCCUCUUUACAGAGGACGAGAAGAUCUGCAGGCAGGAGAGGAGCACCAUGGUUAGCAACCAAAUGGAAGACCAGGAGGUGCGGCUGACGAAUGAAAGGCACCUUAUAUCCUCUUCCCGAAAGAAGCAACAGGGAGCUGCUGAUCCAGCUCUUCGUCCUAAAACCUGCAUUCAGGAUAAAGGACCAUUGCGGAGAACCAGACAGUGAGGAAAGAACAGGGUGGCCAGCCUUCUACUGCCCAUUGGUUGCCCAAGAAGAGAGAGCAGCCUGCACCACUGGCACCCAGUUCCCAACCGGAAUCAUGAGCGGGAACUCUGGGUGGGAAUGAACUGGCUGUUGGUGCUGCUGAGACCAUCAGAAGCACUUCGGUCACCUGCAGGUUGAUUGUAGUUCUCUUUGCUUCUCCUUCUCACAAGAGGCUUUGGCUGAACUCGAGCAGGCUUGGAUGUGUGAUGUGGAAAGAGGAUAUGCAGCAGCCCAGCCUGGUUCACAAGCUGGAGAGGAGGGGAGUAGUCUGUAACUUCCACAGGGAGCCUUAGGGGUGCCUUUGGUGAUGCGGGGAGAAAAGAAGGGCCAAUGUGGGUGCCAUUAAGGACAAGGGAGCACACAGCUCCCUUUUACCCUUGGGUGCGUGCUUCACUAACAUGCACAUCAUGUAUUUUCCCUGCAGUUUCAGAGAAAGUAUUUCAGCCACUGUAGAAAUUAACGGCAUCAAAGCCCGUAGGAGUGCCACCUUCAGCGGCCAACCCAAAGGCCCUCCUGCGCAAUAGCUACCGUGGCUGCAAGUGGCUGAGGGCUGGGGUCGCAGCCAAAUGUGACUAAGAGAAAGACCAGCUGCAACUCCCAUGCCCAGGAGCUCAACCGCCAUGGGCUGCCCCGCUUCUAAAGUGGAAUGAGCAGAGAAGCUUGGUACCUUUCUUGGCAUUUCUUACAAGGUUGCCUUCUAUCCUUGGGAGGCAUCUCCUGAAACCAAGCCAGAAGGCAGAAAGUGGCCUAGGUCUCCUUGAACAGCAAGUGCCUUACUUAAAAUGUUCCCAGUUGUGGCGUAUCGACUGCUGGCAAGUACCAGAUUCUCAUGGUUGUGGUUACUCUUUACUGUUUGUCACACAGUACACACAAAGCCAGAUUAUUUCUUUUUGUCUCGUUAGCCUAUUAACCUCUUUGACUUGUGCCCCCUUGGCUAGCACAAAGGAUGCCCGGGGAGGCUGCCAUGUGACUUUGGAAGAAGAUGAAGAAAGCCUGGCAGGCCAAUCGCUACAAAAACUGUGAAGCUGACCUUUGGGAUUACUGCCACUAUCACUGUGUCCCGUUUCUGCCAUUUCUGUAGCUUGAGCACAGGGUCCAAGAGCUGGUCCUGCAAAGAAUGAGGAUCUCUGCCUUGCCUCUUCAACAGAGUUGGCCCAGCCCUAUUCGCUUAACAUGGCAACUUUUGUAACUUGGCCUUGGCAGAGCUUUUGCUAAGCCUUCACAAGCAUUGCCUAAAUGCCAGAGAGAUACGAGGGCACAACUUAAUACAUCCCUCCCCCCAAAAAAGAUCUGGACCUGUUUUGAAGGAUCACAAGUUUAUUUUUUCUAGAUAAAUAUUUCUUUGGCAGACAACUCGUCUCUGCUUGCAACAGAGAUGGUGCCUUGCACACAGUAUGCAUUUUAGUUGGCGUUUUCCGUCGUAGGAGCAACUCUGGUUUCAGGUUAGGCUCAGAGUGAGGUUGCAGAAUAUGAAGUUGAACCUCAGCUUUUGUUGACAUGCAUUUCCCCAACAUCACAUGAGAUCAUUCUUGGUCCCUAAAUGUUGCUGAAGUAGACUGAGAAUGGGAAGAGAUUAUGAGUGGUUUUUACUAACAGGGCUUAAAGUAUUUUUAUAGCCUAGCAAGGGUUAUUUUUUUCCCCCUAUGUCCAACAAUAGCAGUACUAAAACUUCUCAGGUGAAACAAAGAAUUAUGGUUGAGAACAGGAUUGGAAAGAUCCAGUUUUGUGACAAGAUUGAUUGCUUAGUGCUAAGAAUAAAUUCCUGGCUUUGAACACUA